GCACAAGUGAGUAGCGGCGGUAAAAUGGUUCUUUUAAAUGACUAUUGUGGGAAUUGCCUAUAUCACUCAGACAAUUGUAGAAAUCAUCAUUGAAGUAUUUGUUUGACAAUAAAAACAUUCCCUUUCGUAAAAAAACAUCAUUUUUUGAGGAGUAUUUCAAUCUAGGUUUUCACAAAAAUAGUGUUUAACUUGAUUGAUGUCUAACAUAUUUGAAAGUAAUAAGGAUAAUACAACUGAAGAUGGAAGACUACUGUAUAACUUUUUCAGCCUACUUUAUAUUUUUGGAGGAGCGGUUCCUUAUAUUCCACAAUAUUUGAAAAUUCGCAAAACACAAUCUAUUAAAGGUUUUUCCUCAUUUGUUUGUUUUAUACUUUUAAUAUCGAAUAUCCUAAGAAUAUUGUUUUGGUUUGUACAGCCAUUUUCAACCGCCUUACUUUUUCAAAGUUUCAUUAUGAUUGCUACUAUGCUUAUGCUACUGAGAACUAUUACUCAGUUGUCUAGCAUAAAGCGUUCUCCGUCUAUGCCAUGUACAAUCAGUAUUAGGAAAGUAGAGACAGAGACUUGGAAUAUCAAUCAGUUCCAAGAUAUCUGGCUUCGUAAUUUUUGGAAAUGGACACAUUUCUCUAACUAUUUAUUAUUCCUAUGUUUAUUUACACUGAUUUUCGGUCUGUGCACUUACUUAUUGUCAUCGAGUCAAAUUUAUAUUCAAUUAUUGGGCUUUACUGCCUUGUUUAUCGAAUCUAUGUUGGGUUUACCACAAUUUACGAAGAAUUUUUGUAAUAAAUCGAUUGUUGGAAUGAGGUAAUUUUCGUCAUGAAGGCCUUGGAAAACAGUGUCAGUUGUUUUAUCUGGGUUAAGGAUCCUUAAAUAACUUAUACAUAUUGUAUCGCAUGACAUCUAAUAGAGAACGAUCGACACUCUGUGAUUUACACCAUACCUUCGGCUGACUGAAUUAGAGUUCAAUGUCGAUAUUUCCGAAUUCAAUCGAUAUCUGAAAUAAUUAAGUGUUUCAAUGGUGUUAAUGUGGACUUCAGGUGAUAUAUUCAAAACAAUUUACUUUAUAUUAGAAAAUGCUCCAUUACAGUUUCUAAUGUGCGGUUUACUACAGAUUGGAUUAGAUUUAGCCAUUCUUCUACAAUGUUUAUUUUAUAGAGGUGAAGGAUUUACGUGAUAUGAAUGUUACAAUUGAUUAAGUCAACAUGGACAGCGAAGACAGUGGUGUCAGUUUGUAUGUGAUUGUGGAUAGUAAAUUUACUUUACUUGUUUAUCUGAAAUAUUCAUCAUUUUGUACUUCGGUUGUAGAGAAAUCUUUUCUAUGCCCAUCAAUUUCACGUACAAAUUCUCUUCUUAUUUUGAGAUCUCACCUAAGUGACAUUGUAUAUUUGUUUAAUUUUUGUUAUUGUUCACUUUUAUAUUUUUUCUGCAACUCUUAUGUAUUUCAGCUUAAAGUCAACUUGGAGCGAUUACUAUAACCCUCUGAUUAUGUCAUUUUUGUCAGAUUGUUCGGUCUACUAUAUGUGAUAAUGAAGAGUUUAUGAACAGUUAAUAAAUUUAUCGCUUUAGGA